UAAAAAUGAUGUCAAAGGAAAUGGAUGGCGAUGAGCCAUUUAUUUAUCGGCUUAAUGAUAAUGGAUCCGGGCCAAGUUUACUUGUGAAGGUCUGUGCUGAACGUGGUUGGCGAACUUACCAAAGUCAACAUGGAGAGGAGAAAUGGAAUCUAUGGUGGAGAAAUGCAUUUCCAGCAACAUCCUAUAAAAUACUUGCAGAUUGGCAGUUUAUGAAUCACAUACCGAAAGGAGGUUCAAUAUGCAGAAAGGACAGCUUGUCUCGAUUGUUACGGUGUAUGAGAAGAAUUCACGGCUCCAUCUACGACUUCAGUCCGCCAUGUUUCCAUCUACCAUUGGAGUACGCAAAAUUGGUGUCGGAAUGUUCGAGAUUGCGUCGCUUAGACGAGGGAACAAAUGUCGUCUGGAUCCACAAGCCAGUAGCACAGAGUCAAGGUCGAGGCAUAUUCCUGUUCAGGAGUGUGUGCGAAAUGAGAUGCGGAAGUCCAGCUGUAGUUCAGCGGUAUAUAGAACGUCCAUUACUGAUCGCUGGCUACAAGUUUGAUCUGCGCCUCUACGUCUGCGUGCCAACUUAUAGACCACUCACAGCCUACAUGUACGCUGAGGGCUUGGCGAGAUUCGGCACGGAUAAAUAUACGCUGUCCGAUAUCCACAACCCAUACCGACAUCUAACUAAUUCUUCACUCAAUAAGACUGGACCUAGAUACGCUGAAUGCAAGGACAGGAUUGGUAGUGGAUGCAAAUGGACAUUGAAACAGGUCAGGAGAGCAUUGAUUGGUAGAUGGGGUGCGGCUGAAUGGCUUGUGUGGCAACGGAUCAGGGCGAUAGUGAAUCUAACGUUACUAGCCCAGUCGGCAGGGACGCCGCCUGCUAGAAACUGUUUUGAAUUUUAUGGAUUUGAUAUUCUUCUAGAUGAUUCCUUAAAGCCUUGGUUGAUAGAGGUGAAUCUUUCGCCAGCGCUUGCAGCGGAUUGUGAAGCUGACUUGGCGGUGAAGCCACCGAUGCUUCAUGAGCUGUUCGAUCUCCUGGGCCUGCCGAUGCGACAUACUGGUCUCUCAUACUUACAAACACAUGUGCCACACAUUAGUAGUUCCUGCUCAGAAGACGAAAAUGGAACACCGACUCUAACAAGCCCACCCUCGUCGGGCUACAAACGCAGCGGGCGCCAACAUCGACGCAGACGUGAAAUGCCAGUACAUUGCGUUACUAUACAAUCUCCGAUGCUUGAAAAAUCCGUGGAACAGUCUACUGAAAAAGAUAAUGAUGCCGAACCAAAAUCUGAACAAUUGUAUAAGCCGACAUCAAUUAGUGAAAAUGUUGAAAGGUCGCCUGUAUCUUCAGAACCAGCAGCUGAUGAGACAUGGCGGGGUGGGUAUGCAACUGCUGCAUCACGUAGGAAAAUGAUGAACGCCUGCAUGUGGGGAAACGGUGUGAGAUGGGAUAAAGGCGUUAAUCGUAUUGGAAAUUGGGUCAGGAUUUAUCCACAUACGCUAUCAAGUGACGACCAAUUGCCAUAUGAAGACGCAAGAGAAAGUGUUGCCCAUAUAUCAAAGUUUGUUCGUGCUGCUCGCGAAGUGACACGAGAGUGUGGACGCGACAAGCGGGCACGAGACUCAUCUCGAGACGCUCAUUUCGAGGCCGCACUCAAGAAAAAACUCGGGUUCGGAUCACAAUUUGAAGUUUGGAUACCACCGUUUUAA